UCACGAUUGGACAGAAAACGUGGGAUUAAAAGAAUAAUAAAUAGAAGUCUACGUCACAGAUAUUGCAAUGGACCAAAGGAAAGGGAGGUAUAGAGUGAGCUCAGACUCAUCUAUACCUAACUGUGUGUCGAUGGAUGAAUCAGUGGAUCAACCAGUUAAAUUGAGUUCAGGAGACUCUGCUAGACUGAGGAUGCCUAAAUGGAAAUCACACCUAUCUAUACCCAGUUGGACUGGAGAAUCUGCUGAACCCAGCUGUGUGUCUAUGAAGAGUGGAGAAUCAAUGGAUCAUCCACUAAAAUUCAAAUCAAAUUUUAAACUAAGGAUGCAUAGAAGGAAAUCAGAGUCAUCUAGAGAAUCUGCAGAACCCAGAUGUGUGUCUAUGAAGAGUGGAGAAUCAAUGGAUCAUCCACUUAAAUUCAGUGUAGGAGAUUUUCCUGCCGAACCAAGGAUGCAUAGAAGGAAAUCAGAGUCAUCUAGAGAAUCUGCAGAACCCAGCUGUGUGUCUAUGAAGAGUGGAGAAUCAAUGGAUCAUCCAAUUAAAUUCAGUGUAGGAGAUUUUCCUGCCGAACCAAGUACAAAAGUGGAAGAAGCAAAGUCAUCUGUUGAGAGGAAGAGGCUGGAUUCUAUUUUUAAGGAUCUUGAGAACAAAAUGAUCUCAUUGAUUAAAAAUGAACUGAGGAGGUUCAAAAUGCUGUUGAGGUCUGGUUACCCAGAAUGCUCCAAGAGAGAGGAGGAGGAUGACGGUCAAAGCAAAGUAAAGGAGGAAGUUCUGAAGAUCACGCUGCACAUCCUGAGAGAGAUGAACCAGACGAACCUCGCCAACAUACUGCUGACCAAACUGAUUUCUGUGCAUCAGCAAAAACUAAAAUCCAGACUAAAGGAGAAAUUUAAGAGUGUUGCAGAAGGAAUAUCAACUACAAGAAGCUCAGCACUUGUAAAUGAGAUCUACACAGAGCUCUACAUCACAGAGGGAGGGAGUGAAGGGGUCAAUAAUGAGCAUGAGGUUAGACAGAUUGAAAUGACAUCCUGGAGACCAGAGACACAGGACUCACCAAUCAAAUGCAAUGACAUCUUUACAGCUGUACCUGGACAAAACAAACACAUCAGAACUGUGAUGACUAAAGGAGUCGCUGGAAUUGGAAAAACAGUCUCGGCGCAGAAGUUCAUUCUGGACUGGGCUGAAGGAAAAGCAAAUCAGGAUCUUCACUUUAUAUUUCCACUUCCUUUCAGAGAGCUGAACUUAAUAAAUGAGACAAAUCUCAGUUUAAAUGAGCUUCUCGGAUAUUUUUUUAAAGAAAUGAAAGAGAUGAACCUGGGAGAUAUUACAGACUACAAAGUCAUGUUUAUAUUUGAUGGUCUGGAUGAGUGUCGACUACAUUUAAAUUUUCAAAACCAUCAAAGCUUUUCUGAUGUAAGUGAAUCAGCCUCUGUCGGUGUGCUGCUGACCAACCUCAUCAAGGGGAAUCUGCUUCCAUCCGCUCUCAUCUGGAUCACCUCCAGACCAGCAGCAGCCAAUCAGAUUCCUCUUGAGUGCAUUGACAAGGUCACAGAGAUAAGAGGCUUUAGUGAUCCUCAGAAGGACGAUUAUUUCCGGAAGAGAAUAAGCGAUCAAAGUCUGGCCGACAGAAUCAUCAUACACAUCAAAUUAUCCAGAAGUCUGUACAUCAUGUGUCACAUCCCAGUCUUCUGCUGGAUUUCAGCCACUGUUCUCCAGAGAAUGUUGAGUGAAGAAAAGAGUGAAGCAGAGAUCCCCAAGACUCUUACUCAAAUGUUCACACACUUCCUGAUCUUUCAAUUCAAACUGAAGAGACAGAAAUAUGAUGGGGAAAAUGAAUACGAUAUACAUCAGGAUAGAAAGAGUAUUCUGUCACUGGGAAAACUGGCUUUUCAACAGUUGGAGAAAGGAAACUUGAUCUUCUAUGAGGAGGACCUCAGAGAGUCUGGCAUUGAUGUCAAAGAGGCAUCAAUAUACUCUGGAGUUUGUACCCAGAUCUUCAGAGAGGAGUUUGGAUUUUCCCCGGGGAAGGUGUUCAGCUUUGUUCAUUCUAGUGUCCAGGAGUUUCUUGCAGCUUUAUACAAGUUCUUUUGCAUGUCUGAAGAUGAGGGACAUAAAUCUGAGGAUUCUUUUACAGAAUCUCUGAAGAUUGAAGUGGACAAGUCCUUGCAGAGUGAGAAUGGACACUGGGACCUGUUCCUUCGCUUUCUUCUAGGUCUUUCGCUCAAGUCCAACCAGAUUCUUCUGCGAGGUCUCCUGAAAAACACAGGAGGCAGAUCUUACAAAAUAAAGAAAGUAGUCAAGUACAUUAAAGACAAGAUCAAGAAGAAUCUGUCUACAGAAAAGUCUAUCAAUCUCUUCUACUGUAUGAAUGAACUGAAUGAUAAUUCUCUAGUGAAGGACGUCCAGUCAUUACUGAGCAGCACACCAGAUUUCAGUGGGCUUUCUGCAGUCAAACUCUCUCCCUCUCAGGGGUCGGCUCUGGUGUUUGUGUUACUGAACUCAGAAAAGGAGCUAGAUGGAUUUCAACUGAGUAAAUAUGAGCCAUCAGAAGAAUGUCUUCUGAGACUGAUGCCAGUUGUCAAAGCAUCUAGAAAAGCAGACCUCAGUGGCUGUAAUCUCACAGAGAAAAGCUGUUCAGCUCUGGUCUCAGUUCUCAGCUCAAAUUUCUCGUUUCUGAAAGAACUGAAUCUGAGUAACAAUGAACUGCAGGAUUCAGGAGUGAAGCUGCUCUCUGCUGGACUGAAGAAUCCACACUGUACAUUGGAGACUUUACAGCUGGAAAAGUGCAGUAUUUUUGAUGAAGGUUGUGCUGCUCUGGCUUCAUCUUUGAGAUCAAACCCCUCACACCUGAGAGAGCUCAAUCUGAACUAUAAUAGUCCAGGAGAUUCGGGUGUAGAGAUGCUCUUAGAACUUCUGAAGGAUCCUCAUCUAGGUCUUUCAUCACAUUAUUUAUUCAACUGCACUGUUGGAGAGAAUGGUUGUGCUCUUUUGGCUUCAGCUCUGAAGUCAAACCCAUCACACCUGAGAGAACUCAAUCUGAGUCAUAAUGAACCAGGGGAGUCAGGAGUCAAACAGCUCUCUGAUCUACUGAAAGAUCCACAAUGUAGACUAGAGAAACUACAGUUGGCGUACUGCAGUAUUUCAGAUAAAUGUUGUGCUUAUCUGACUUCAGCACUAAGAUCAAACCCCUCACACGUGAGAGAACUGAAUCUCAGUGAUAAUGAAUCAGGAUAUUUAGGACUGAAGUCGCUCUGUGAUCUUCUGCAGGAUCCAAACAGUAAACUGGAAAACCUACAGCUGGAAAAUAGUGAUUUGAAUGAAGGCAUUUCUGUGGUUUUGGCUUCAUUUUUUACAUCAAAUCUCACAAACCUAAGGGAAUUGAAUCUGAGCAGAAAUAAACCAGGAGAAAAAGGAAUGAAGCAGCUCUCUGAUCUACUGAAGGACCCACAAUGUAAACUAGAAAAACUGCAGCUAGCAAAGUGCAAUAUUACAUUUGAACAAUUUGCUGUACUGGCUACGGCACUGAUAUCAAACCCAUCACACCUGAGAGAACUCAAUCUGAACUAUAAUCAACUAGAAGAUUCAGGAGUGAAGCUGCUCUCUGAUCUACUGAAGGAUCCACUCUGUAAACUGAGGAAACUAGAGCUGGAAAACUGCACUAUUUCAGAUAAAGGUUGUGCUGCUCUGUCUUCAGCUCUACGAUUAAAUCCCUCACACCUGAGAGAACUCAAUCUAAACUUUAAUAAACUAGGAGCUUCAGGAUUGAAGUUGCUUUCUAGGCUACUAAAGGAUUCACGCUGUAUAUUAGAAAAACUACAACUGUCUGACUGCAGUAUUUCAGAUAAAGGUUGUGCUGCUCUGGCUGCAGCUCUGAUGUCAAACCCCUCACACCUGAGAGAACUAAAUCUGAAAUAUAGUAACUCUGAAGAUUCAGGAGUAAAGCUGCUCUCUGAUCUACUGACGGAUCCACACUAUAGACUAGAGAAACUACAUAUUGGAGCAGACCUGCUAAAGUCACCUACAGAUUUAACUGGCAAGUCAAAGAAGUGUCUUCAGUCAUAAGCAGCAAAAGCUUUUUACUGCCUCUAACUGGACAAACAGAAGCCUUGAACCAUCAGAGCCGAACAUCAGUUGCACUAUACAGUUUACUAUUUACUAUAUAAGUUAAUAUGUGAAUAAUAAAAUGUUUCAUAGUCUCUAAAUUAUAUACCAUUUUAACACAUCUUCUUUCUAUAAAGUUUUCCUGUAGCUCUGUGGUAAGAGCAUUGCGUUAACAACGCAAGGUUGUGGGUUCGAUCCCAGGGGAUUGCACAUAACCAAGUUUAAAUGUAUAAAUGUUAAUGUAUAUGUAAAGUACUAGUGUAAAUUAGCGCCUUUGAAUGAUAUUUGAAUGAAAUGUAUUUCCGAUUCCUAUAUUUUCAUUUCAGGGUACCAUUUGAUGCAUUCAAUGUAUUGAUCAUAAACCUACUAAUCUUUCUACAUAGAAACUGGUAACAAUCUUUAGACAAUUAUUUGUAUAGUCAAAGUCAUUUCAUUAAAUGUAUCAUAAUCGUGUC